AUCAAGCUUCAUUAAAUGAUCUUCAGUUCUGAAAAAUUUUAUUCGUUUGAUAUGAAUAAUUUCACAGAUUGAAUUGUUAGAAUUCGUAAAUAAAGGUCCCGAACUCUACGAAAACUAUAUGGAAAGUUCCAUUUUUUGAUAUGCUAUGUUCCCUUUAAAAACAAAGAAAUGAGUGCGCAUUUUAAUUAAUAACGAAGAAUAUACUUUACGAGAACUUUACAGAAAGGUAACAAAGAAUGAACUUCUCGUAAAAGAAUUUGAAGAUUUUCCAAGAAACUAUUCGUAAAAGAAUUUUGAUUCCUUCAAUAUGAAUAAUUUUACAUAUUGAAUUGCUAGAAUUCGUAGAUACAGAUCCCGAACUCUAUGAAAACUAUAAGGAAAAUUCCAUUUUUUUGAUGUUUUAUGUUCUCUUUAAAAGAAAGAAAUGAAUGCUCAUUUUAGUUAAUAACGAAGAAUAUACUUUACGACAACUUUAUUGAAAAGUAACAAAGAAUGAACUGCUCGUAAAAGAAUUUGAAACUUUUCCCCCAAGAAACGAUUCGUAAAAGAAUUCUACUUUUUUCCAACAAACUGUGAAAAAUCUUGGCUUCAUUGACAUUUCUUAUUGCUCUGACAUAACAUAUCACCAUGGAUAACUUUUUAGACAAAACCUUCGAAUACGUUCGAGAGAAUGACAGUGAUUUUACGAACUUCUCCGCAGUGAAUGACACAUUCUACGAAGAUGGAAUUCAGUUUUAUUACUUCUAUCAGACAGAACAGCUGACGUUCCUCUGGGUUCUGUUCAUCAUGAUCGUGGCGGGCAACAGCGCCGUUCUGGUCGCCCUCAUGCUGUCCAAGAACAGGAAAUCGAGGAUGAACUUCUUCAUCAUGCACCUGGCCAUUGCAGAUCUGACUGUUGGAGUGAUCAACGUGCUCACGGACAUCAUAUGGAGAACAACAGUCGCUUUCUACGCCGAUAAUAUCGCUUGCAAACUUAUCAAAUACUUGCAGGCCCUGGUAACCUACUCAUCGACCUACGUGCUGGUGGCGCUGAGCGUUGAUCGUUAUGAUGCCAUCGCACAUCCUAUGAAUUUCUCCACCAGCUGGCGCAAGGCUCGGUGGUUGGUGGCGUCUGCGUGGGGUGUGUCAGCCGUCUUCUCCAUCCCCUCCAUCUUCCUCAGCUCGAAGGAGGAAGUAAGGGGCAUGUCGCAGUGCUGGAUUGAUCUGGACCCUUGGCAGUGGCAGCUGUAUAUCACACUGGUGGCUGCCUCCCUGUUCUUCUUGCCUGCGCUUAUCAUCGCAGCCUGUUAUACGGUCAUCGUCUACACCAUCUGGACCAAGAGCAGGCUCAUGAGCUACCCGAAGCUCUCCAAGUCCUCCAUUGCCGACAGCAAGAAGAGCUGCGUUAACAAGAACCGCAGUGGCAGCAGCUCCGAUAACGAAGUUGACCGGAAAAGGGCCAGCUCCCGAGGAAUCAUUCCCAGAGCGAAAAUCAAGACUGUCAAGAUGACUCUCGUCAUUGUCUUCGUGUUCAUCCUGUGCUGGAGCCCUUACUUCGUGUACGAUCUCCUCCAGGUGUACGGCCAGAUUCCGGAAAGCCAGACUUCUUAUGCUGUCUCCACUUUCAUUCAGAGCCUAGCUCCCCUUAACAGUGCGGCCAACCCUAUGAUUUACUGUCUCUUCUCCACGCACAUCUGCCGCAACUUUAGGCUUCCCUUCUGCAAUUGGAUUGCCCAAAAACUGUGCUUUUGCUUCCCCUCCCUGCAACGACCACUAUCCGAUGGAACUUCCCGAGCUUCCGAGUACAACACCAUGACCGAGACCAUGUCGACUACCCACAGGAAUUCCACUUUCCACCAGCAGCACCACCAGAUGACCAUGGCCGGAAAGUCUUGCAAGCCGCUUCUGAAGCAAUCUUCGGCGAAUUCUGAAGACCAUCGCAAAGGAGUUGUUUUUGGCGAUGUCACCGUCGCCAGCUGCGCCAGGAAUUCCAAGCUGUAAUCUGCAGGAGAAUGGCACAAUGCACUAUCAAUGAUAUGAAAAUAAUUUUGUUUUACACCAGCUUUGCAGUAUAAUUUAAAAUGCGUGAAAUAUUUGGCGGUUUUAACUCCAGAAUCGCCAUCUUUAUCAGAAAUGGAAGUGUAAAUGGACGAUGCUGAUAUACAUUUUUUUUCUUGUUAUUUUCUUCUCAGCAUCACUGGAAUCAAAUUGCGAUGCAAUAAAUAAUAAAUAGUUCGACCUUUUAGAACUGUGGCGGUCGCAACUCUAUGAAUUAUUUAAGUUGCUAGCUCUAAUAGAAAUAUUUAAGAUAUAAAAUUGUUUCCUUUUUAAAAAAAAUCUCUCUACAGCUUGGCCAUGCUUUUUAUGAAGUUUUAAUAGAUAUUCCCGAAAUAUUCCAUUAGUGCAAUCUUAAGUGUGUUUAUUAUAGUGAAAUAUAUUAACCUACAUCUUAAUCAUAAUAAGCUUUUUGAAUUUUCUCUUUUGCUAAAUCUGUAGGCUCUGCUUUGGAUGCACAAAUAUAUACCCUGGAAUGAUUUUUGUUUUACAGUUCUGCAAAUUUUCGAUUAGAUGCGUGGAAUUACGAUCGCCAACAUUACGAAAUCCCUGCAGUUUAAACCGGUUGCUUCCAGAGCAUGUCUUUUAUAUUUUCUAUUUGUGAUAUCUAGCUGGUGAUUGUGAAACUAUGACAUUACAACAGGGUUUAUCCUGUCUUGGAUGCAGAAUGGGAAGAAGAAACUGAUUUAUGUUUGAAAAAAAAUGUUAUUUAAAAAAUCCUAAUGGAUGUCUUUUGUAAUUAUCAAUUUGCAAGGCAUUCAGCCUUAAAAUUCAAUCAUUGCCAUUUUUUUUA